AGAGAAUUUCUGUUUGUGAUGUUGUUAGUUGGUUGUCAUCUGUCAAAUAAAAUUCGAAAAUUGUUUUGAUUUUCAAAAAUACGACACAAUGGAUCAAACAAUAAUUCCUACAACGCAGCAAAAUAUCUUCCUUUUUCAGUCAUACUGUAGCAAUGCCCAAAGGCAAGAAAAUGGUGAAUGGCUGUAUUCUAUAGAAAAGUGCAUUCACGAAUUUAGAAAUGAGUUUCCUACGGCCACGUUUUCCGAUGAGAUGCUAAGAGAAUACGUGCCCCAGUUGCUUGAACGUCUUCGAACAACUGGUAGUGUAAGAGAACCCGAACUGCCAAAUUUGGAAAUUUUUCUGACUUCAGAGAAAGUGGAACUGAUUAAAGCUCUCGUUGAGGAAAACCCCAAAAUGCCUCCACGAAAGUUAUCUAAAGUCGUAGGUUUACCCGCGGCAACUUGUAAAGCGGUCAUUAAAAAAAUUGAAAAAAAUAUGAUGUAACUAAUUUAUAGGUAUAAUUAUUAGAUCUUUAAGGUAAGAAACUGUGUAAACUCCAGGUUUAGUAAAUAAGAACUGUUUUCUUUUGCUGAUAAUAUUUUUGUUAGAAGAAAUAAUAAAAAUUCCUUUCAUAUUUA